AUGAAAUCCUCAAUAUUACCGGUAGCCCUCCAGCACAAGCUGGCGGGCUAUAGCCGCGUCUCCGGCGCCCAGCUAUCCGCCAUCAACCUCGACCUCAUUCGCAACAUAGUCUUCAUCCUCUUCAUCCUUCGCUACACCCGUAAAACCUUCUACUCCGUCCGUGGCUACGGCAUCCUUGGUAGCAUCCGCAACGUCUAUAUCUCCCUGCGCCUCUUCUGCUAUGGUCUCUUCUUGCGCACACCCGGUGUCCGCGGACAAGUUGAUAAGCAAGUUAGCACGGCGAUCACCAAUCUGGAAUCGAAGCUCGUGAACUCUGGCCCUGAUGUCGUGCGCUAUCUUUCUUUGCCGAAGGAGGGGUGGUCUGGGGAUGCUGUGCGCGCGGAAUUGAAUAAGUUGGCUGGUCUUGAACAUACGCGUUGGGAGGAUGGGCGCGUCAGUGGUGCUGUUUACCAUGGUGGUGAGGAAUUGUUGAAGUUACAGGCUGAGGCCUUUGGUCAGUUUGGUGUGGCGAAUCCCAUUCACCCGGAUGUCUUCCCUGGUGUGCGGAAGAUGGAGGCCGAGGUCGUUGCUAUGGUUCUUGCUUUGUUCAAUGCGCCCUCUGAUGGCGCUGGUGUCACUACCAGCGGUGGUACCGAGUCGAUCCUUAUGGCUUGCUUGGCUGCGCGACAGAAGGCUUUCUUGGAGCGUGGUGUUACUGAGCCUGAGAUGAUCAUUCCCGACACUGCUCACGCGGCGUUCAUCAAAGCUUGCAAUUACUUCAAGAUCAAGUUGCACCGGGUGCCCUGUCCCGAGCCUGAGUUCAAGGUUGACGUGAACGCUGUUCGCCGUCUAAUUAACCCCAACACUGUCCUACUUGUCGGAUCUGCCCCUAACUUCCCCCACGGUAUCGUUGAUGAUAUCCCCGGUCUUUCUCACCUGGCCACCAAGUAUAAAAUUCCUCUUCACGUCGACUGCUGCUUGGGCUCUUUCGUCGUCGCACUUCUCAAGAAGGCCGGCUUCCCUUCGCCCUACGAAGAGGAGGGUGGCUUCGACUUCCGCCAGCCUGGCGUGACCAGUAUCAGUGUCGAUACCCACAAGUACGGCUUCGCGCCCAAGGGUAACUCAGUCCUGAUCUACCGCAACAAGUCCUACCGCAACAACCAAUACUUCAUCUACCCUGACUGGUCUGGUGGUGUCUAUGCCUCUCCCUCCGUCGCUGGCUCUCGUCCCGGUGCCCUCAUCGCAGGCUGCUGGGCUAGUUUGAUGAGCGUCGGUGAAACCGGCUACAUCAACAGCUGUACUGAGAUCAUCAACGCAGCCCGCAAGUUCGAAACGGCUGUCCGUAACGAGGCUACCAUCUCCCUGCACAUGGAAGUUAUUGGAAACCCCAUUGUCAGCGUUGUUGCUUUCCGCAGCAAGAAUGGUGCUAUCGAUAUCUAUGAUAUCGCUGAUGACCUGUCUGCUAAGGGAUGGCAUCUCAACGCCCUGCAGUCUCCCCCUGCCAUCCACUGUGCUUUCACAAUCCCCACUGCCAAGGCUGUCGACCAGCUCAUCACUGAUCUCACCGAGGUCAUUGGCAAAGAACUCGAGAAAGCCGAGCAGCGUAAGCGCGAGGGCAAGGCUUACAUCCUCAAGCGUGGUGAUACAUCCGCGCUGUACGGUGUUGCCGGCAGCAUCCCUGAUAAGACCAUCGUCAACCGUCUGGCCGAGGGCUUCUUGGACACUCUGUACAAAGCAUAA